GAACCUGUGACCUGGUCUGGACCUUAUCAAUGAAACCCUGUUAGCACCUGACAGGUAACAAGGACGGGGAAAGGAAAGGUUUGUUUGGAGAGGCGGACCAGGACCAGGACCAGCAUCAGGACCAGGAUCAGGACCAGCAUCAGGACCAGGAUCAGGACCAGAAGACAAAAUGGAGACCCCUUUGUCGAGGACAGGUGAGAGUACAGAGAUGACGUCUCGCUGCAGGUGAAGGCGCAGUAGCGCUUCACGUCACGAGGUGGCAGUGACGCGUCACGGGUGUCCGUGCUGUGACGCAGCGGAAACAGGCUGCCGGAAGAAAGAGGACGAAGAAGAAGAGGCGGUACCGCAAACAUGGCGCAGCGGCGUGAACACAAACAGUGACUGCGUCAGAGCUGCACGCGGUCCGCACGCAGAGGAUGGCUCACCGCUACCUGCACCUGUCCGCCGGCUGCAGGAGCCUGCUGCGGCGGCUGCGGCCCUCCGGAGCCUCGGCCAGGCUGGUGACAUGUUCAAGUGCAGCAGGACAGGUGGACAGUGGGCGGAGCCUGCUGAGUGACCUGUUGGGAGCGUACAGGAGUGUCAACUCCAGACCACCUAAAGGAUUCGAGAAAUAUUUUCCAGAAAAUCAGAAAAAUCCCAAAAAUGCUGAAGAAUCCAAACCUGCUGACGCUCAAAAAGCCUCUGGAGAUCGAGAAGGAGGAGGUUCAGGUGGAGGAGGUGGUUCAGGUGGAGGAGGAAAAAGAGGAGGCCGUAGGGAGGAAUCGCACUGGUCCAGCCGUCUGCUGAAGGGGGACGUCCCCUGGGACGACAAAGAGUUUCGGAUGUACGUCCUGAGCGGCACAGCGUUCUGGGCGACUGUCAUGUAUUACUUCUUCUUCAGGGACGGAGGACGAGAGGUCACCUGGAAAGACUUUGUCAACAACUACCUGUCCAAAGGAGUGGUGGAUCGCUUGGAGGUCGUCAACAAGCGCUUCGUCAAAGUCGUCUUCAGUCCAGGCAAGACGCCGAUGGACGGGCAGUAUGUGUGGUUUAACAUCGGCAGCGUGGACACGUUUGAGAGGAAUCUGGAGACGGCUCAGUAUGAGCUCGGCAUCGAGGGCGAGAACCGACUGCCGGUGGUUUAUUCCACGGAGAGCGACGGGACCUUCCUCCUGAGCAUGCUCCCCACAGUGCUCAUCAUUGGCUUCCUGCUGUUCAUGCUGCGGCGUGGCCCGGCGGGGGCGGGGCGUCCCGGCCGGGGGAUGGGCGGUCUGUUCAGCGUCAGUGAGACGACGGCGAAGAUCCUGAAAGAUGAGAUCGACGUGAAGUUCAAAGACGUGGCAGGCUGCGAGGAGGCCAAGCUCGAGAUCAUGGAGUUCGUCAACUUCCUGAAGAACCCCAAACAGUACCAGGACCUCGGUGCCAAGAUCCCCAAGGGCGCCAUCUUGACGGGUCCUCCAGGAACAGGAAAGACUCUUCUGGCCAAAGCGACGGCUGGUGAGGCCAACGUACCAUUCAUCACCGUUAACGGCUCCGAGUUCCUGGAGAUGUUCGUGGGCGUCGGCCCAGCCCGGGUCCGAGAUCUGUUCGUCAUGGCGAGGAAGAAUGCUCCCUGCAUCCUUUUCAUCGACGAGAUCGAUGCCGUGGGACGGAAACGAGGGCGAGGAAACUUUGGAGGGCAGAGCGAACAGGAGAACACGCUGAACCAGCUACUGGUAGAGAUGGACGGCUUCAACACGGCGACCAACGUCGUCGUUCUGGCGGGAACCAACAGACCAGACAUCCUGGAUCCGGCGCUGAUGAGACCUGGACGCUUCGACAGACAGAUCUACAUUGGUCCUCCUGACAUUAAAGGUAGAGCGUCCAUUUUUAAAGUUCACCUGCGUCCUCUGAAGCUUAAGGUCGACCUGGACAAAGACAUUCUGGCGAGAAAGAUGGCUGCCCUAACACCUGGAUUCUCAGGCGCCGACAUCGCCAACGUCUGUAAUGAGGCGGCUCUGAUCGCCGCUCGCCACCUUUCAGACGCCAUUAACCAGAAACACUUUGAACAGGCCAUCGAGAGAGUGAUCGGAGGUCUGGAGAAGAAGACUCAGGUUCUUCAGCCUGAGGAGAAGAAGACGGUGGCCUAUCACGAGGCAGGUCAUGCCAUCGCCGGAUGGUUCCUGGAGCACGCUGACCCUCUGCUCAAGGUGUCCAUCAUCCCCAGAGGGAAGGGUCUGGGUUACGCUCAGUACCUGCCCAAAGAGCAGUACCUGUACACCAAAGAGCAGCUGCUGGACCGGAUGUGUAUGACGCUUGGAGGGCGAGUCUCCGAGGAGAUCUUCUUCGGACGCAUCACCACCGGAGCUCAGGAUGACCUGCGGAAGGUCACCCAGAGCGCCUACGCACAGAUCGUUCAGUUUGGGAUGAAUCCAAAGGUGGGUCAGGUUUCCUUUGACCUGCCCCGGCAGGGCGAGAUGGUUCUGGAGAAACCGUAUAGUGAAGCUACGGCACGUCUCAUUGACACAGAGGUCCGAGCCCUCAUCAGUGAGGCGUACCAGAGAACCCAUCGACUGCUGAAUGACAAGAAGGCUGAGGUGGAGAAGGUGGCGCUGCGGCUGCUGGAGAAGGAGGUUCUGGAUAAGAGUGACAUGGUGGAGCUGCUUGGCCAACGCCCGUUUGCAGAGAAGUCAACAUAUGAGGAGUUUGUGGAGGGAACUGGAGGCGUGGACGAAGACACAACGCUGCCGGAGGGACUGAAGGACUGGAACCAGGACCGGAACGACAAGGAGGAGAGCCCGGAUGAGCAGGUGGCCCGGCAGAUCUCCGGAGGAAUGCCCUUCUAGAACCUUCUGAUGGGUGACUGAAGACCAACAUGACCAUCAUGAGGUCCAGAACCUUCUCACUGACUUCCACUCCUAGAACCUUCCCUCUGCACCACACAUCACGUUUUCCUGCUGUGACUGGACCCAACUCUCCUAAGUGUCCAGAACUUUCAUUAUCUAGAGAUCUAUAACCACCGUGUAUCUGUCUUCAAAGUCCAGAACCAUCUGUACUUACAGAACCAUUGGAGUUUGUGUGGAGGGAACUCUGCACAGAACUGUUCUAGAACUUUAACAUAUGUUGUAGAACUCUGACUCCAGUAUCUGGUUCUAAAAGUCCUGAUUCCUGACCCUGGGUCUAGGUUCUGCUCCACUCCAGAUUCUCCAGGACAGAUGGUUCUGUACCUCGAGAUCUACAAUCGUUCUAAAAUGUUCACUUUCUGUUCCAACAAAUCUCUGCAUCAUAAACCAGAACUAGAACGGAGACUCGUUCAGACUCAAGAGAACCUCAUUGUGGAGUGCCAGAACAGUAACAGAACCUUUAUCGAUCCCAAAGAAAGGUUCUUCUUGAAGGUUCAGUCCUGCAUCACAGAACCCGGUCACAGGGUUAUGGAGUAUUUCUCUGUUCUCACAGCCUGACGGACCUUCAGCGCUGGACCGCAUCAGAACCCCUGUAAGGUCCUUGACCCGGACUUUAACAGAACCUGCUGCUGAUGGAUGAACAAAUGAAGAUCUUCCUCAGACCCGACAGAUGUCUUCAUCCUUACCAUCACCGUGGUAACCGUGCUGUAGUCUGACAGUCCGUUAGCUUAAAGCUAACAGAGCUGCUGUAGAGGUAUGCUAACGCUAUUGUUAGCGUCAGCGUAUGCUAACGUGAUAACGGACUCAUUAAAUCAUUUAAAGCUUUAUUUAAAAACUUAUGUGAGCUGUGCAUUUCAAUAAAGUUCACGUUUGAAUCAGAAUGAACAGGUGUGUUAACAGGUGUGUUAUUUGUAAUCAGAUUACAGUGUGUGUUGGUCUUCAUUAUGGUAAUAAACUUAAAUUGAUUCAUCCGAAUUAUAAAAUAAAAAAACACUUCUAAGAGUAUUAAAUGUUUUAUUUUGUUAAAUCUGUGAAUUUAAUAAAGAAUUAGCUCG